GGCGGUACGGCGCUGCUGACGGCGGAUCAGGAGGUCACCUACCGCCGUGUCGCCUCCACACUUGAGAGCUUCGUGCAGACCAGUACCCUGGGGGAGUUCAGGUCGCGACUGGGGAUGCUGCACGCCUUCGCCUGCCACCUGCAUGUGCGGCGGCAGCAGCCGGGCGGCGGCGGCGCGGGCCCGCUGGCGGCGCCGCUGGCUGCUGCUCUGGACAACCUGGUGCGCUACUACGGGCAGUUCGUGGGCGCGGUUGAGGCGGCGCUGACGCAGGGGAUGGCGCCUCUGGAGAAGGACCUGCAGGACUUUGUGCAGCUGGCGCGCUGGGACGACCGCGGCUACUACGCCAUGCGGGCCUCCACGGAGAAGGCGCAGCGCUACCUGCACCGCCUCAGCCGCCGAGCGGAGGAGGUACUGCGGCAGCCGGCAGCCACCGCACUGGCCACAGCGGACAAGGCCAUGGGAGUGGGCGAGCUCGCGGCAGCUGCUGCGGCUGCGGAGAAGGCGUACGGCACCGUGGACGAGGCUGCUGCGACGGCCGCGGAUGGGGCUGCGAAGGAGGGUGCGGCGAAGGCGGGCGUUAAGAGGGCGCCGAGGGUGAAGAAGCUGACUCCUGAGCAGGCGGCGGCGGAGGCCGAGGCCAUGGACCUGGCUGGCACGGGGGCGGCGGAGGCAUCGGCUGUUGAAGCGGCUGCUGGUGCGGUUGCACCAGGCGAUGGCUUGGCGAAGCGUUGGUCUCAGUUCUGCGCGGGAGUGCAGCAGAGCCUGGCGCAGGACGCGGGCUUGCAGCAGGCGUUGACGGCAGCCUCAGCCACGUUGUCGUCACAGAGCAGCAGCAGCAGCGGUUCGGCCGCUGCCUACCUGCCUCGUCUGCCGCAGCUCGCGGCACGUCUAGCGCGCGUGGUGGGCGACUCGCUGCAACCCCCUGCCAACAACAGCAGCAGCCCUGCCGCCGACGGAGCGCCGGCACCUCAAGCCGAUGCGGAUGGUGCAGAUCCCGCAAACGCUCCUCCCGAGCUCAUGAGCCCGGACGAACUCGCGGCCGCAGCCAUCAUGCGCUCGCACGAGCUGCGGACCGACGUGAGCAAGGGCGCGCGCAUGCGCAAGCGGCAGGCGCUGGCGGACCUGUACGAGGCCCUGGAGCAGCAGGGCCUGUCACGCCGUCGCACGGGUGUGCCGCCGCAUGACCGCGACGUGGCUGCCUGGUUCAAGCACCCGGAGCCCGCCGUCGCGCCCCUGUGGCACGCGGCGGUGGUCACCGGCGGUACGGCGGAGGCGGCGGAGGCGGAUGCCUUGUCGGCGGAGGCGGCCUGGACUCGUGCGGAUGACUACUACUUCCGCUCCAUGGCCCGGCUGCAGAAGCUCUGGCGCGGCAGCCAGCAGCCGCACCGCGACCUCUCGAUGCAGGAGGUGUCCUCGGCUCGCCGGCUGUCCGAGCACGUGCUGUAUGUGGCGCGGCGGCAGCGCGGCGCGUUGGGUGAGGCGGCGGUGGCAUUCGCGUCUUUGAGCAAGCUGGCGGCAUGGAUGGCGGAGGAGGGCAAGGGCGCGGGUGCUGCCCAGGAUGCAGGUGCUGCCAAGGGCGCCGGGGAGGAGGGGGUGGUGGUGCGAGCAGGUGUGGAUCAGAGCAAGUGCAUCGCGGCGUUGCAGCGGCAGAAGGAGCGGCUGGACGAGCUUGCGCUGCUGG